AGCCAGCAAAAGGGGAGGAGGGCUCCUACACCUUCCUUUUUCCCACGACACAUCAGCACUUGGCACAGGGGAGGCUCCAUACCACGCUCACAAAUCCACAAACCAAGCCUUUAAUCCCAAAUUACUGCAGACAGAAAAGUGGAGGUUCAUCUAAUGCUUUCAGCACCCCCAUGUGCCUGCUUGGAUCAUGGAGCUGCACUGUCUUCCUACUGAAACCCCCACCACAGCCAGCUCCUGCUCCACGGAUCCCCUGUACGACAACUGCCCACCCUUCAUCCAGCGAGAAAAGGCCAAAGAGAAGGAAAUGGAGAGCAGAGUUGUGUGUCCUCUUGUAACCAGACUCCCAAAGCCCGGCAGCCCUCUGCCUGGUCUGGUCCCAGCUUUGGCUGAGGUUCAGACAGUGGUUGGUGGAGGAAGAGAGGCUGGCCCAUGGCCAGAUCGCAGCUACUACAGCUGUAGAGGAGGCCUGGGAAGACAGCCCUGGGAAGCAGAGCUUAGUCCAGACACAAACAAAGCAAGAGGAGUGCAGGGAUAUAGCUGGGUAAUAGAGGACAGAGCUCGUCUAAGCCAAAGUCCCAGCCCAUCACAGAGUGAGGAGCAUUGUAGUGCCUUGUCUCUGUAUGACAAUCUUUCUAUUGCUGGAAGAACGGAAAGCCUCCAGGAGGUCUUUGACAUGGAAACAAGCUUCCAGGAACACUUACAGGGGGACAUGUACCAAACACUGGUCCCUGAACAGAUUCGGGGACUGGUGCAAGGUGAUGCUGCAAGUCAAGACAAGAGCCACUGGUCUUCUUGUGAGAUGGUCCUUGCUAAAAGUUGUUCUAGUAAGCAGGGCCAGAAUCAAGACAAAGACAAGGAGCAAGAAAGCGACCCAGAGCUGGACUCAGGAUCCUGUGGAUUUGUGCAGGGGGACCUUGUAAAGCAACCCAAGUUCCUGAUGCCACUUCCUCAACAUCUUACUCCAAGUCCCCUUCAGUUAUGCCAAACUAAGAGCCAGGUCCUGCUGUCUCCUGCUGAAACUCAGCACCCAAAGCAGCCAUCAGGGUCUCCAAGGGUACCGCCUCCAGUACCCCUCGCCGAUCCCUCAGCCAGUGCUCUCCGAAGCCUCCUCACCAGCCUCCAGCAGCAGAUAAUCCGGCAAAGGGAGGAGUACGAAGCAAGGAUAAUCAGCCUGGAGCAAAGAAACGAAGAGCUGCAGGUCGAGGUUGUUCGUUUGAAAACAAACCUCUCACAGCAGCGACACUGGUACCAAGUUGUCCAGGCUAAGAUUGUGGAGUCCGAGAGGGCCCGUGCUUCGGCAGAACUCCACAACGCAACGCUGCAAAAGGAGAUGGAGCAGUUCUUUGACACCUUUGGAGAGCUCAACAAUGAGGCGAAGAAGACCGAAUACAUUGUUAAGAGCUUUUGAGGAAGAUUACAUGAAUGGUGUUUGAUGAUUUGAACUGUGUGUGUAACAAUUGUGAAAAGAAUACAAAAGAUGGGCUCAUCUUAAACCCUAACUAUGGUCGUAUGUUAUAAUGUAAAGU